GCUGACGCUGAAUGUAACGCAAGAUACAGACAGCAAUACGGACUCACUACUGGAAAACACACAGAUUUGGUUCCCGAUACGACAAGAUGCUGCAUGUUGGAGUACGGCAAGGACUGCGUUCCCUUACGACUCAGAGAAAAACGAUGCGAUCAACUCAUCUUCACACAUUUUAAGGAAAUAAGGAGCAAGCAAAUAGUGGCGGAAGGUGCAUCCUUGAACUUCAACUGCCCUUUUGCAGCAACGUGCGACUCCUCAACAAUAUCCGAGGCCAACACUGACUGCUACAAAAGAUUUGAAAUGGAACACGGCGGCAUUCCCCGAAAACCAAAUGAUCCAAUUGAGCCAACUGGGAAUAUAAGAUUACUCUGUUGUAUGUUAAAAUACAACAAGUAUUGCGUUCCGAAACUCCUAGAAGACAAAGGAUGCCAUCCCGCUGCUGCUCUACAGUCUGCGACGGAGAUAGAGACCAGAUUGAAAAAUUGUCCAACACCCAACCCGUUAUGCGUCCCUCCACGACAGUGCAAGCAAAGCUUACCCGACGCCAAAUUCAUUUGCGAGUACAGAUAUAGAAAGGAACAUGGAACCAUAGCUCCAAAGCGUCGUGCAGACCUGCAACCGAGAGAUCAGGGCCGAGACAAGCUGCACAAAAAACGUUGCUGUCUAAUGCAAUACAACAAGGAUUGCGUUCCGAAAAUACUCCAAGAAGAGUUCGUAUGUAGUGAUCCAGAUUUUCUUGAGGUGUUCUUCGAGCAAAUACGAACUGAGUGUGGAACAUCCAAGUGGGACUGUACAGGCGUCCCUGCACCACAGUGCGAUGACGAGCAAUUAUCCAACGCGAGGAAAAUUUGCGAUUACAAAUAUGCGGAUGAGCACGGAACCAUAGCUCCAAAACAUCGUGCAGACCUACAACCUAGGGAUAUGAGCCCCGCUGAGGUGCACAGACUACGAUGCUGGUAA